UGGUGAGUGUAGAUGUGCACGCCUUCGCUCUCCUUGGGAAUCGAGAGCUUUGAGGUUCGAACCGGAGAGGAAGAAAGCGAGCGAGAGAAGACAAGAGGAUCUUAUUACAUAUCGAAGAGGACGUUCUCUAAGGAAAAACAACAUUGACGAGUUUAUGAGAUUCGAUCCUUUUUUUUCUCUUUCCUUUUUAUUUCGUUUACUUUGUUGAUUUUUUUCUUCUUUCUCUGACCGUGGCGGUUUUAUCUAAUCGAUGGAUUCAUUAUUAUUUGUUUUAAUUACUAUUCAUCAUCCCGCCGGAGUGUCUAACUUCGAGUGACGUGAGGACGCUAGUAACCGGUGUUUUGAAAAUUGAAAAAAAGGAAAAAAUCAAAGAUAGAUGAUAAAGAAAAGGCAAAUCAAAUAGCUCAUACAAUCCUCUAGUUUGCACUAGAAAAGUAAGAGUGAGGAAGAAAAGAAAUAGAAGAAGAGAGAAAGAGAAAAAGAGUAAUCUUAUGCCACAAUUAUAGUUAUCAUCACCACAUCAAUCUAACUCUUGCAAUUGCAAGAAAAGGGGUUUAGCGAGAUCAAAAGAUAACAAUAUCUUUGGGAAUCUAGAAAUAUAGUGACGAUAAGACCCACUGCGAAAAGAAAAGAAAAGAGAGGAAAAUAACCAGCCAUAUGAAUAUAAUUCUUCCAUCGAGGCGAGACUGAGGAACCUCAGACAUUCCGAAGACGUUUCCUCAGCGAAUGGACGUUCAAUAAGAAGCUCGGGCGACUAUGGUGACACCUAUCGGCCGUUCGAGCAACCUCCCGACGAGCAGCGAAGCCCCCCGAGAUCAAAUCAGCGGCGCCGCAACCUGAUUGCGCCAGAUCUAAACAAACGAUCCUUGCUGUCAGCUCGUGCGUCUUGGUAACGCGGAGUUGAUUUAAGGAGAGAUGAAAGAGGCAGAACCUGCGAGUUGUCAUUUAUUUUCAUCUCCGCACGACGCCCUCGCCGCCGCCGCCGCCCUGACCGCGUGUGGGAGGCGGGGAGGGCGGCCGGAGGAGGUGGUGGGCGCUGGACACUCCCCGCGGACCCACCAUCUCUCCCCGUCCUGCCGAUUUCUUCGGGCAGCGCUGACGGCCCUUCUACUGGUGAGCAUGGGCGUCCUCAGCGUGGCUGGGGAACCAUCGAAGGCGUCGGAGCUGCGGCCCGCCCUGCCGAGCGGGAUCGGUGGCACUGCCGGCGCGGUGAAAGAAGCAGUAGACGCCCCUAACUUCCACCGGAAGCGCGACAACUCGUGGUACGGCGGCGAGAGGAAGGACCCGCCGCUGCAGCUCAAGAUCGAGUCGAGCGUGAGGACGUACCCGAGCCGCGCCACGAGCCCGGAAGGAGCGAGGGGCGCGACCGGUCCUUCCUACGCGUCCUACGGCAAGGCCAAGUGGGGUCAGGACUUAAGCGGGGGAGGCGGGGUCAGGGCCACCUACAACUCGCUUCCGAAGGGGCAUGACCGCACGACGACCACUGUGGGGGCAGACGACCUGUCGGACCGACAGAAGAGGACGGAGGCCCAAAAAGGGGCCGACGGCGGGACCCCCUCCAAGUAUAGCUCGCACCUCGUCCUCAAGGAGGGGGCCUACGAGGGACUGGUGGUCGAGGUCAACGACAGAAUCUCGCAGGACGACUGUCGAACUGUCAUCGACGGAAUACAGACUGUGCUGACGUCAUGGUCUACCGGCCUGUACACGGCCACCGACGGCGGCCUGUCCCUGCGCUCGGCCAUGGUCCUGCUGCCGUCUCAUUGGUCCACCCGUGCUUGCCACCCGCCCGCGUCAAGCAGGCCGCCCGCGCCGCCCACGCAGCCCGCACACAUGUUGAUCUCGCCCCCUCACCCCGUGUUUGCCGACGCGCCCUGGACGCAACAGAGCGGCGGGUGCGGGCGGCAGGGGAACUUCAUCCAGAUGGGCGUGGGAUUCCUGGAAUCAGCCAACACCUCCACCGCCCACGCCGUCCGCGCCGCGAGUCAGCUGGUGGGCGAGUGGGGCAAGUACCGCUGGGGGCUCUUCUCCGAGGCAGGCUACGCCGGCGACAACCUGUACCUGCCGUGGUAUCGCCAGGGGCCAGACUGGGCGGCCACCGUGUGCACCGACGCCCACGCUGGCCCGCCGCCCUGCCAUCCCGAUCACGCCCACCAUUGCUCGUGGCCGCCAGAAGCACACCGGAACGCCACCUCCUCCCUGCUGUCCCUGCCGAACCUCCCGCAGGUGACGAAGUUCUGCGACUCGAAGACCCACAACCGGGAGGCGCCGACGAAGCAGAACGUCUUGUGCGGACGUCGCUCUGCCUGGGAGGUCAUGCUCGAGCACCCGGACUUCAAGUCCAAGGCAUCUUCGCGGCAGCUUCCACCUCGCCCUCCGGAGAUGUUUUUCAUCCGAAAACUUAUACCUCGCUUCGUGUUGCUCGUCGAGGAUACGGAAGUUAUGAACAUCCAGCGCCGAUGGGAAUUCGUCAGGAAAGCUGUGCGUCGAGCAGUGGUUUACGAUCUUAAAAACGGGGUCCAGGUCGCUAUGGUGGUGUUCAACGCCGAGGCACGGGAGAAGGCGCCGCUGUCAAUGCUGGAGUCGAACAUCUCCGACUUACGCGAGAGAGUGGGAUCUUCCCUCCCCAGAAAUCCUUCAGGAGUCCGAGCUAGCCAAGCCUGCGUCGCCUGCGGGAUAAAGCGUGCCGUCCGCGUCCUGGAGGAAGGAGGUGCUCCGCCGCAGGCCGCCAACAUCAUCCUGGUGACGAGCGGCGGCCACGGGCGGGACAGCGAGGCGGAGGAGGUGCGGCGCCUCGUCAGGGAGUACGGCUUGAGGCUCCUGCUGGUGCUCUACCCCCUGGCGGAGACUCCCGAUCUGCCGGCGCCCCCACACGCCCUCGUGCCCAUCGCGAGGGAGUCCGGCGGGUGCGUGUUCACCGUGAUGGAUGAGGGCGUGGGCAUUGAUUCCAAGGUCAGCAUGCUCAUCUCCCUGAUGGACGCCCUCACCGCCGCCGUGGCCGCAGGAGGUGCCACGACGCCCGUACUCGUCCACAGCGCCACGUACCAGGGCGGCAUCGCGUCACUCAGCAAGGGCACCUUCUCCUUAGACGACUCCUUAGAAGCCCACGCCCGCUUCGCCGUCUACUACUACGACCUGAAUCACGUCGGCAACACGAUCCACUUGACGGCGCCCUCGGGAGCUACGUUCGCCUCGGUCAACAUGCAGGAGGAGGACGGGGACGUCAACAUGAUCUCCGUCAACUUGCAUAAUGCCGAGCGAGGCGUGUGGAAAUACAAGGUAGAAAACCGUGCAGAUUCCCACCAGGCACUGCACAUCCAAGUGACGUCACGCCCAAGCACCAAUACCAGAGUGACCGUAAGAGUCUGGACCAAUCAGCAAACGGUAGACAUCGGCGCAGCCAAGGAACAGGAGCAUGAGCCAAUCAUAAUCUAUGGAGAAAUCAAGAUGGGCGGUGCGGCUGUCAUGGAUGCCGGCGUUAUGGUGCAACUGCAGCGUCUCGGCACCAACGCGACGGGGGGAACGUACCCGCCUGUGAAGCUACAGCUGUUUGAUUUGGGCACAGGAGUUGCAUCUGGCAGUGCAGGGAAGCUGAACUCACGAGGAAAACCAACAUGUGUAUAUCACCUGACGCGCGUACCUGCAGCAUACAAAGUACGGCGGACGACCCUGACCAUUCUGCCACCUCUUAUUCGAAAACUUUAUUCCCAAGGGAGCGAUAAAGUGACUUCACACACUCGCGUGAUCCCUGAAGGAAACCCAUAUGUCUUGAAUGUAAGAGGGGAGCGACUUGAUGGAACAUCAGAAAAACGAUCUAUUAACACUUAUAUACACCCAGACGUGACCCGCGGCGACGGCAUCUACUCCCGCUACGCCCCGCCCCUCGACGGCCCUGCCCGCUACGCCGUCCUGCUCUCCGUGGACGCCAGCAACUCCGUGUUGGCCCUCGCGCAGGCGCACUCCCACGACAUGGCUGUCCGGCACCAUCGCCAUGCCUACGCGAAGGAGCUGGCCUUUGGAAGUGGCUACGACGAAGGGCGGGUGUGGGCUGCCCCAUCGUGUUGUGGAAGUGUCGUGCCCUAUGCCCACACGAAGCAGGCUACAGCAUUUACUCGCCAGGUGACGGGACCCACCUUAGACAUCAAAGAGGCGCACGUCCUUCAAAGGGAUAAAGUCCCCCCUGGCAGGAUCCUCGACCUCGUGGCCUGGGUCGACUCCUCCAGCGGCCGCGUCGUACUAGACUGGACAGCCGUCGGCGAGGAUCGAGACUGGGGGCGGGCCCACGCUUACGAAGCCUUCGUGGCCUCCUCGAAGGAACAGGCAGCCGUCCAGUGCUCCGGCGACAGGAUCUGGGGCCUCCCAAAGCCCUCCCCUGCAGGCACGAAGGAAAGGGCGAGGGUGCCCAUUACUGUGCACGAGAAGAAAGUGUUGUGGGUGUGCAUGCGGGCGAUUGAUCGACAAGGCAACCGCGGUCAGCCCAGCAACCCGGCGGCACUCUGGCAGCCUCAGCCUCCGUCGACAGACCGUGUCACUAUAAGAGUCAACGGCCCAGGAGGGUCCCUGUUGUCCUCAGGUCUGGGCGGCUACGGCAGCGACGCCGGGAUCGGAGGCAGCGAAAAGGUAGCGGUGAUCAGCGGAUGCGUUGGGGGGCUCCUGCUGGUGGUGGUGCUGGUGGCUACGUACUGCUACUGCCUUCCUGCGACGUUCAAGCGGCGGCUCAACCGGCGUCGACGACCGCCGGAGGACGUGGAGAAGCCGGCGACGAGCCUUGUCAACGGCGGCAGCGUGGUGGUCAAGUCGACGUCGCGCGGCAGCGUGCUGGUGAACCCGGGCCCCGAGGGUCCCGCCGGCCGCCAGAGUGACACAGACCUCGUGGGCUCGCCGCCGCCGGAGAACCGCCGUGAGUCCUUCCAGCGGCCCGAGUCGCAGUCGCCCCCGUGCGAGGCCCUGCGCGUGGAACAGGUGUCCCCCUCGGCCGCCCGCCGCGGCGAUGGCGACGGCGAGGAGGAGAUGUCAGGUACGCGGGGGCUGUCGCUGUCCAUCCCGGAUGUGACCAAGGUGGAGCGCAGCGCACGUGGACCGGACGACGACCAGGUGCACGUGCCGCAGCCGCAGUUCUACACUCUGGGCCGCCACACGCGCACCGCCCAGCGCAGCCCCCUGCGGGACCCCAGUGGACACAUGUACGGGUCCAUGGACCUCUCCUACUCUCAGCGCCCCGUCAGGUACAGUCCGGUGGGCGCCUCGCAAUACUACGGCAACGUCCGUCCACGCACGCUCCACUCCGACUCGUACAGUGACGACGCCGACACUGGCUCCUUCUCGGAGCAGCUGCUGUGCGACGACCGUGGGGCCUCGCCGCCGCCGCCCGCGCCCGCAGACAAUGCCCUCGCCUACAGUGACCUCCAUAGGCGCUCCGUGGCACUCUUGUAGGCGACGCUGACUUCCUCAGAUGCGAGAACAAUACCAAGGGAAAGGCAAUGAAAAGAGAGUAACUAAGAGAGAAAGAUCAAACCAGAUCACACCCGUUGGUGAUAUAUGAAAGGUAAAUCUCAAAUGAACUCUCCAAAGACGAUAACAAAUGGGAAAGGAUGACCUUCUCUGUAGCGAGAGGACAUCGCCUGAUAAACAUUAUCGCGGGGUGAGUCGAAAUGACAAUCAUUUGUGUGCGGGCGGGACUGGAACUCGGCGAGACGAGAAUGAGUGCCGCGGACAAUGGUCAUUAUUGUAGCAUAUCAGAAUAACAAAAGCACUAACUUUGUGUGUCGGAAAGCACAAGUGAGAAAAACCCUGCUUUCAUGUGCUUUUGUAAGGCAGUGAGUCAAAUGUGAGAGAUCCUGUAUUUUGUCCUUAAUUUUAUAUCAUACAUAAUGUGUACAUCGUGAUGCUCAGAUCCUUUAUAUCGUUAGACAUGAAUAAGAGUGUGUAUACAUCAAGUCUUUACGCAUAAACAUGAAUAACAAGGAGGAGGAAAAGAAGAAGAAGAAG